AUGAAAGACGAGACUGAAGGAAACCAUCUAGAUGAACAGUCACAACAUGCUCAUAUACAACUUGAAAGAAAGGUCGAUAAGGGUGUGAAUAUUGGGAAAAUUGUGAAAGCAAAACUACGAAAGAAAUGUACCUGUUCUGCCAAAAGGGCCAAGAAGACAUUUACAGGUUUUCUCCCUGUUAUUCGAUGGCUUCCAAAAUACAACUUCAAAGAAAACACAUGGGGAGAUGUGAUGUCAGGGCUUAUAAUUGGCAUUAUCUUAGUACCCCAAGCCAUAGCAUAUUCCCUGUUAGCAGGUCUGAAACCAAUAUACAGCUUAUACACAUCAUUCUUUGCCAAUAUAAUAUACUUCCUAAUGGGGACUUCUAGACAUGUGUCUGUGGGCAUUUUUAGCUUGAUUAGCCUAAUGAUUGGCCAAGUUGUGGAUCGAGAAGUGCUGCUGGCAGGUUUUGACCUGGAUGAUGAUGCUGUCUAUAAAAUGGAAGGCAUAAACGGCAUAUUGAACAUUGAAUGCGGAAAAGAGUGCUACGCUAUUAGUGUGGCAGCUGUACUAACUUUCAUGGCGGGGAUCUAUCAGCUUCUCAUGGGAAUAUUUCGACUGGGUUUUCUUUCCAUAUACUUGUCAGAUUCAAUGUUGGAUGGAUUUGCAACAGGUGCCUCACUGACAAUUUUAACAGCACAAGUUAAAUAUCUCCUUGGAAUAAAAAUCCCACGCAGUCCGGGUAUAGGGAUGUUGGUAACAACAUGGGUUAAUAUAUUUAAAAAUAUUCACCACACUAAUUUUUGUGAUGUAAUCACAAGUGCCAUAUGUAUAGCAGUAUUAGUGGCUGCGAAAGAACUCGGGGACCGUUACAAAGACAAAAUAAAGAUUCCCCUACCAACGGAACUAGUUGUAAUUGUAGUUGCCACACUUGUGUCACACUACUGCAAUCUUAAUGAACUCUAUGGUUCAAGUGUGUCAGGCGUAAUCCCAACUGGAUUUAUACCACCAAAAGUACCUGAUUUAAGUCUAGUGAGCAAAAUAGCAGCGGAUGCUAUUCCUCUUGCAGUCGUUAGUUUUGCAUUCACAAUAUCUCUGUCUGAAAUGUUUGCCAAGAAGUAUUCAUACACAGUGGAAGCUAACCAGGAGAUGUUUGCUAUUGGUUUCUGCAAUAUAAUCCCAUCAUUUUUCCACUGCUUUGCCACAAGUGCGGCACUUGCUAAGACACUUGUGAAGACUUCAACAGGAUGCAAAACACAAGUUUCCAGUGUUGUUAGUGCCAUUGUGGUUCUGUUGGUUUUGCUUUUCUUUGCCCCAUUAUUUCACUCACUACAAAAGUGUGUCUUGGCCUGUAUAAUAAUUGUCAGCUUACGUGGUGCCCUUAGAAAAUUUAGAGAUUUACCAGCUCUGUGGCAGCUAAGCAAAACAGAUGGAAUUAUCUGGAUUGUCACUGUGGCUAGUUCAGCUCUGAUCAGUACAGAGAUGGGCCUCAUGGUAGGAGUGAUCUUUUCAAUGAUAUGUGUCAUUGUGCGGACUCAGAUACCCCACACAGCCACGCUUAGCCAGAUACAGGACACUGUCUUUUAUGAAGAUGGAGAUAAAUAUGAGAAUCUUUCACCCAUAGCCAGAACUAAAAUAUUCCGCUUUGAAGCUCCCCUCUACUAUGCAAACAAAGGCUACUUUCUCAAGUCUGUGUACAAAAUGGCUGGCAUGGAUCCUGGUCUUGAAAUAAUCAGAAGGAAGAAAAUGGAAAAGAAGCAGAAGAAACGAAAACAGGUAGAAGAUGGAAAACGCAUGGAUAACAAUGACAGCAAUGAUAUUCAUAUACAGCUUGUAAAUCACAACAGUGACUUGAAAACAAUUAUUGUUGAUUGUUCCUCAAUAACCUUUUUAGACACAUCUGGCAUCAAUGCUUUAAAGGGAUUGCUGAAGGAUUACAAAGAAGUACAGAUCGAUAUUCUACUGGCUUGCUGCAACACUACUGUUAUCGAUGCUCUUUGCAGAGGAAGUUACUUUGGGAAACAAAACCAGGACAUUCGGAAGAUGCUCUUUCACAGCAUGCAUGAUGCUGUUCAGUUUGCAAGUGAGAAAGAGUUGACACGAAUGGACUCCACUGUUUAA